AUGCUGCAGUACCUUCUCCCAAGUUUCGCGAUUCAUUCAUAUAAAUUUCACCGCUUGUGCCUAUCACACGUUCCAUUCUUUCAUGCGCAGUCAGCUCAUCAACCAGCGCUCUACUCUGUCCCUGUCUCAGUCUCACUUGUGACCAUGUCCGAGUGCACCUUCUCCUACGUCGAAAGUAUUUCGAAAUAUUUCCUUGUCAAAGAUGUUUUGUGGCUCAUAGCCGUCCUUUGGGUUUUUGUUGCAUGGAUUGUUAUUCGGUACCGGUUCCCGCAUGCGCGCAGGAUCGCGGGAAGUUUGUACGGGGCCGCGCUCAGUCUGCUGGUUGUCUCCCGCAUUUUGUAUAUGUCCGAAACAAUUCUCGGUGAAUGUGACGACCCGAGCAGACGUAGUCACGAUAUCUGGAAAUGGCUGGUCGCUCUUCUUAUUCUCAUACGGCUAUCCGAGUAUAUACUUCUCGUCGUCUUCCUAUGGGCCUUCCCACGGGUCGUCAACAGCGUCACGCGACCCCAUCGAUCCCACGGCGUACAGAAGUCCUUCACGAGCAUAGCGGCACAUGCUAUGUUGGCAAUACUACUACCGCUGAGUAUCGCCAGUACCGGCUAUUCCAGCUACGUAUACCUGAUGCAGAGGCACCAACGUAUGCGCAUUUCCGAGGGCGAGAAACCGUUCCUCCAAGGGGUCGCCAUUGGGGAUCUCAGAUCUGGAAUAGAUCCGCAAAUCGAGGUGGACUUCAUAUUCAGGCUUGUAUUUACCGGGAUAUCUUUAGUAGGAGUUAUUGUGGGCUCCGUGAUGGCGUGGAAUGCUUCUUUAUCCAUGCCAGACCCGGAAAAGUAUCAACCGAACAUCUCCAAUUGGACACGAGUUCUUGUGAUCUCUAUGGUCUUGGCGGAAAUCACUCGAGUCAUCAGUGCAGGCGCCUUGACCGCAGGCUACUACUUUGACGAAGAUGCUUACGCGGGAAUCGACGUUUUUCAGGGAAUUUUCACGGUGCUAUCGUACGCAUCGUUGCUUCGGAUUGCCAAGUCCAACAUCUGGAAAGGCGCAGCGGAGGGAAGUAUAGUCGUGCUUCGCGAUGUGCUAAGUAUCGACGGCACUAGAGACCCGGAGGCACGAAGCGCUCGCGAUCAACAUGAGGUGUGA